AUGAAUGCAAUCACAAUAUGCCAUUGGAAUGCAAACGGCUUAAGCCAACAUGUACUGGAAGAGAAUGUUCGUAUAGCAGCAGGUGUAGGUGCACGUAGCUUACAAUAUCACGGAUGUUCUCAUAUAUACAUUGACGACCUUGAAUAUCCUGAACAAGCAGCGGAAGGGGCUUCAUUGGCUAUUUACCGCUAUAAUGAAUAUAAGUUGGAAAAACAUCGCACACUUUCGCCACUUCUACACCUAUACGACUCAUCAGAUGUCGAUGCAUGGACUCGUGGUUUAUUUAAGGCAGAAGCACAGAACUUGGCUCGCCGCCUUACCGACACACCAGCAAAUCGAAUGACGCCAAUGCACUUUGCACAGUCGGCUGUUGACGCCCUCUGCCCCUGCGGUGUGACAGUCGAUGUGCAAAGCAUGGAAUGGAUCGAGCUGCAGCGCCUUAACUCAUUUUUAAUGAUAGCGAAGGGCUCCUGCGAACCACCAGUCUUGUUAGAAAUCAAUUAUUGCGGCACAUCACCAGAGGAUAAGCCCAUACUAUUGUUUGGUAAAGGUAUUACAUUUAAUAGUGGUGGUCUUUGCCUACGUAGUAGACGUGGUAUGGCUGAGUACAGAGGUUCGAUGGCUGGUGCAGCAGUUGUUGUAGCUACCAUCCGAGCCGCAGCAGCCCUGUCUCUUCCCAUCAACGUUACGGGUGUUAUACCACUUUGUGAAAAUACACCAUCCGGUAUGGCAGCCAAACCUGGUGAUGUCGUCGCAUUACUGAAUAGGAAAACAUUAUCUAUGCGUGAUGCUGACAAGGCUGGUGUUGUUGUUAUGGCGGAUCCAAUUCUUUACGCGCAGGCUGCUUAUAAGCCACGUCUAGUUGUUGAUAUAGCCACUUUAAGUAAGGGAGUGGGGCAGGCUUUAGGUGGCUCAGCAACUGGGCUGUUCACUAAUUCUAAUUUCAUCUGGAAGCAGUUCCAAAAAGCUGGAACUAUAACAGGUGACAGAAUGUGGCGUUUGCCGUUGUGGAACUAUUUCAAGAAGCUUGUGACAAAUAACAAGAGCUUCGAUGUGAGCAACGAUGGAACAGGCCCGGCUUCUGCCUGUCUUGCAGCUGCUAUAUUGCAUGAAUUCGUGCCUUGUCUUGAUUGGGUGCAUCUUGACAUACGUGGUGUGGGAAUGCUCACAAAGUUUGGAACUAUGCCCUACUUGUUGAAGGACAGAAUGACUGGACGUCCCACUAGGACAGUUAUACAAUUUCUGUUUCAGAUGGCCUGUCCUGAUACAAAAAAGUGAAACCCUUUACAAGCAACCACACACAAUUAAUAAAAAUUCUCCCUGUCGACACAACUGUUUUUAAUGGAAAAUCGUCGCAGGGCAGUAAACAUCCGUAUGAUGUUUCAAACAUGGGCAAA